AUGGCAUCCUGCACAACCAUCCCUGUGACAAUCCCAAAAAAUAGCCAUGAUAGCCUAUUACCAAAGGCGACAGCAAAAACCAUCAUCAGCACAUUUCUACCCCGUGAAUGGCCGCAUGUGGACUCAGACACCCUCACAGUGACACGCACUACCGGAUACGCAAAUACCAACUGUAUAGUGGAGCGACCGAACACAACGGGCGAAACAUCCCACUUGGAGCCAUUGAAGGUAUUUCUCAAGAUCCACGGUGAACUUGACGGGGAGAUCGAAGUAUUCGAGCAUCUAGUUCCUAGCAAGUCCGAAGAAGCGCAGUUGACCUACGAGUACGGCCAAUCUGGCCAUGGCGCAAAAGUGCUUGGCUUUUUCCAAAGUGAGAAUGGAAUCUUCGGCAGGGUCGAUGAGUACUUGGAUGCACGUACCUUGGUACCACAGGACGUUGAAAAUCCCGAGAUCCGAGCCGAUGUUGCGAGAGCUCUUGCUACGUUCCAUGCUAUGGAUACGACCUUAUUGAGGAAGAAUUCAGUCCAGACAUACUAUGAUACUGUCACUAAGGAGCUUGACAAGUAUCAUGGAAAGGACAAGCUGAGGAGACUGGCUCAUGAAGGGGGCGUCUGCUUGGAUCAUCUCGUGGAUUAUGACUUUGUGUCUAGACUUCGACGGGUUAUAGAUAAACUGGAAUCCAUCGGAGCGAAAGAGGGAUGGUGCAUCCAUGAUUUCCAAUUCAUGAACGUCUUGGUGAGGAAUAGUCCAGAAGUGGGAGAAGGCAGAGUUGUUCUUAUCGACUUCGAAUUCGUCUUUCGCAACUACCGGGCGUUUGAUAUCGGUGCACACUUUCUGCAAAAGAUGUUCCAGUGGUUCAACGAGGAGAGCCAAAUCGCCAACUGUCGACCUUAUUCAGACGAGGAAAAGCGGCAUUUUUGCGACCAAUAUGCGGCGCAGUGGAACGAGAAAACAGGUGACUCGGAUACAGCAGAGCAGAUACUCGCGGAGGCCGAGCUCGGGUAUAUGCUGGCUAUCACAUUCGAAAUCCACAAUAUGCUCUGCUUCAUGGAUCAGGACAAUGACAAAGAUCCGUUGAAUCUCCGGUCGCUGGACAAGCUUUAUAGGGAGUUCACCGACCAAUAUGCGAAGCUCGGGUUGGGACGCUGA